AUGGGAGAAAAACCCUUCAAGUGUAAUGAAUGCUCCUCAUCUUUCUCUUAUAAAUCUGAACUCAGAGCACACCAGCGUGUACACACAGGAGAGAAACCGUUCAAGUGUAGUGAAUGCUCCUCAUCUUUCUCUCAGAAAUCUCAUCUCAGAACACACCAGCGUAUCCACACAGGAGAGAAAUCUUUCAAGUGUAAUGAAUGCUCUUUGUCUUUUUCUCAGAAAUGUAGUCUCAGAGCACACCAGAGUAUCCACACAGGAGAGAAACCGUUCAAGUGUAAUGAAUGCUCCUCAUCUUUCUCUCAGAAAUGUACACUCAGAAGACACCAGCGUGUACACACUGGAGAGAAAUCCUUUAAGUGUAAUGAAUGCUCCUCAUCUUUCUCUCAGAAAUCUAAUCUCAGAGCACACCAGCGUAUUCAUACAGGAGAGAAACCGUUCAAGUGUAGUGAAUGCUCCUCAUCUUUCUCUCGGAAAUCUAAUCUCGCAACACAUCAGCGUAUUCAUACAGGAGAGAAACCGUUCAAGUGUAAUGAAUGCUCCUCAUCCUUCUCUCAGAAAUCUAAUCUCAGAGCACACCAGCGUAUUCAUACAGGAGAGAAAUCGUUCAAGUGUAGUGAAUACUCCUCAUCCUUCUCUCAGAAAUCUAAUCUCAGAGCACACCAGCGUAUUCACACUGGAGAGAAACCGUUCAAGUGUAAUGAAUGCUCCUCAUCUUUCUCUCGGAAAUCUAAUCUCGCAACACAUCAGCGUAUCCACACAGGAGAGAAACGGGAAAACCUUCAAGUGUAGUAAAUGCACCUUAACUUUUUCUCAGAGUUCAAAUCU